CCUAGCUCCGCUGUCGCUGAGAGCGUCUUGUUGAGCCGUUUUACAAUGUCGGAAAUGGCAGAGCUGUCCGAGCUCUAUGAAGAGAGCAGUGAUCUGCAGAUGGACGUGAUGCCUGGCGAGGGAGACCUUCCGCAGAUGGAGGUAGGCAGCGGGAACCGGGAGCCAUCCCUGAGCCCCUCCCGCAACGGGGCCCCGCCACAGCUCGAGGAGGAAGGCCCAAUGGAGGAGGAGGAGGCCCAGCCAGUAGCGGCGCCACAGGGGAAACGGGGCCUUGCUAACGGGCCCAACCCUGGGGAGCAGCCAGGCCAGGUCGCGGGCCCAGACUUCGAGAGCGAGGAAGAGUGCGAGGAGUUUGACGACUGGGAGGACGACUACGACUAUCCAGAAGAGGAGCCGCUGAGUGGUGCGGGCUACAGAGUGUCAGCGGCCCUUGAAGAAGCCAACAAGAUGUUUCUGAGAACAUCCAGAGCAAGAGAAGCAGCCCUGGAUGGCGGGUUUCAGAUGCAUUAUGAGAAGACCCCAUUUGAUCAAUUAGCUUUUAUCGAAGAGCUCUUUUCACUUAUGGUUGUCAAUCGUCUGACCGAAGAACUCGGCUGUGAUGAGAUUAUUGAUAGAGAGUAGUUAAAUGCUGUUAAAAGAGGAGGAAACUACUCGAGGAGAGACCCAACAUUCCACUGUCUUUUGGGGGUUCGUUCCAAAUAGUUCUGUGCCAAUGAAAACCUUAAUCUUCGAAAAGAAAGAAGUUUGGUUUUGUUUUUCAGAUUGGAAGACAAUAGGACAAUGACUGCACAGUUGUGAAAAAGGAAGAAAAUCAUUAACAAAAAAGAACAAGGAUCUGAGGACUGCUGAAACCUGUUUUCAAGAAUGUCCUGAAACACCUAUGGCUUUGACUUUGUUCUUGAUCCAGAUCAUUUUCCUUGCAUUGGGAAGAAUGUCAUUCAUGUUUGUUUCUCUGUAAAGAUGGUUUUGCAAGAAUAAGUCAUGACCAAGACAAACUGCCAAUACAAGAGCCCACUGAUAAUAAUCAUGUAGUGAGAAAAAAAGUAUAUUUAACUAGAACACAAGAUAUCUUUGAGUUAUUUGGACUGAAAAGCCUGUUGAGAAAACUUAGAAAAUUGCAGUUUGUGAUCUAUUCAAGCUGUAGUUAUCAAAGGUUAAAUUUUCAGUGUAAUAUAAAUUGAGUAUUCUUCAUUAUCCCAAAGGAUGAGCAAACUGAAAAAGAUGUAUCACAUGUGCUAUAUCUUAAAAUGUGUUUCCGAGAGCAUCUGAAAUUUUGUUUGUACAUGUAUCUUGAUAAUUUAUAAAGCUACUGUGAUCUAUAAUUCAACAAAAUCCAUUACCAUGACUAUUUUUAAAAGUCAAAAAUUAAGACAUUCUUAAUAUCUAAAUUUGAAACUUUAUUAAAAUGUAUGUGAAAGUUAAAAGAAAAACGAUUUCUAACACCCUUAUAUACUAGAGAAAUUUUGUUUUGCUUGCUCUCUUUUCAUUUAACUUGAUGGGUGAAAGAAUUUAGUUGAACUUCAUAACUUAAGAACUGUUAGUGAAAAUUGUCAAGUAAAAGGAAAGCCCUAUACCUAAAAAAGAUUUUGUGAACAAUUACGCCAUCUUUAAAGAUUUUAAACCUACCCAGAAAUCCACCUCAAUAUCUGAAGUUUCCCUCUGUCUCCUCCUCUAAUUAAGCUUGUUAUUGGUUAUGCACCAGCAUUGGAAAUAAUAAAAUUUCUUGUUCUAUGUA